AGUAAUAAAACCAAUGGAUUUAUAUCUUACCUCAAAUCAGUCCUACCACUUUGGUUUAAUAUAAGUUAAGAUUGUAAAAGAGUAAGUCGGUUACAAGAAGCAUCGAGAUAUGAUCCUCAUUUCGUAUGGAUCCUCUUCCUCAUCUCAGAUCGCCGCCAUCUUCUCCGUCACGCUUCUUCUGUUCUACUUCUCUGAAGCAACUCUAGGAUCCCCUUGUCUGAUCAAUGGCUUACCAAUCGUGAGGAACAUUAGUGAACUUCCUCAGGAUUCCUAUGGAAUACCAGGUCUUACCCACAUGACUGUAGCUGGGUCCGUAUUGCACGGAAUGAAAGAGGUUGAGAUAUGGCUUCAAACGUUUGCUCCAGGUGCAGCAACACCGAUUCACAGGCACUCCUGUGAAGAGGUUUUCGUUGUCCAAAAGGGCAGUGGUACUCUGUAUCUCGCUGAAACACAUGAAAGUGUCCCUGGGAAACCAGUUGAAUUUCCAAUCUCUGCCAACAGUACGUUUCAUAUUCCAAUCAAUGAUGCUCAUCAGGUGAAGAACACCGGUCAUGAGGACCUGCAGGUGUUGGUUAUUAUAUCUCGGCCGCCUAUCAAAAUCUUCACCUACGAUGACUGGUUUAUGCCACACACUGCUGCGAGGUUGAAGUUUCCUUUCUAUUGGGAUGAGCAAUGCUUCCAAGAAUCGCAAAAAGACGAGCUCUAGAGAAAAGUUCAAGGGCAAAACUAAGCACGAUCUUUAAAUAAUGAAACCAUAUUUUUGUGUGUGUGUGUGUGUGUGUGACAAUUGAUGCUGGUGUAAAUUGGUAAGUGUUUUAUAUAAAUGGUGCUUACCAUAAAGUUAAAUGAGUAUUAGAUAUUGUUAACUCUCAAGUCAAGUGAGUCUUUGUUUUGAAAAACCAUGUAACAAUGAUGAGUGAGCACAUCUUGAUCGCAAUUGUGAUUGAAAUAUAUAUAUAGAUGUCUUAGCACA